CCCUGCCCCAACAACCACUCCGUCACAUUCGGGCAUUGUUUUGCCCAGCCGGGGGUCGUGAUCAUGCCCGCUUGCAAGAAAAGCACCUUCGACGGCGAUACCCUAGCUUUGCUCCCACACCUCGACGCCGCCACGCUGACCACAAUGUCGUCGACCACAACCACGCAAACUCAAACCCGCACACGGCAAACGGUGCUGAGGGACUACGAGCUACACCACUCGUCGAGCUCCCCUCGGGCUGCCCAAAGCAACCAAGCGGCACUACCGACCGAAGAUCAGGUCAUCUCGCGGAACCCCCCGGACUGGGACACAACACAUCGUCGAGUUCCCCCGUACAGACCGAUCAACAGAGACCGAGAUCAGUCUGAAGUCCGGGUGUAUACCAGCCCCGCCGAGCAGGUAUUUGUUGGAACUAUGUUUACAGGCGUUUUAAUCUAUGCUACCGCGGCGAAGGCCUGGAGGGGUACAUUUGGCAGGUUUAACGAUGGCGUGUUUAAGUAUGCCAUAGGCGGGGAGCUAUGAAGGUAUAAUGAUAGGUUUUGAUAUCUUUUCAGUCUUGAGCCGUUCUCGUGUUAUUCAAUGUGGAUAUGGAGGUGUGCUUCGUGCAUUGAUGGUUCAAAUCCCACGUGUUCUCCCCAUCGGCUACCCAAGCGAAUGUACGGUACCUGCAUUCCAAUGUGCCGCUUAAUCAACAGUAAUUAAAAGUAAACAUGCUGA